AUGAGCGAAAAACAGGGCCAACCUGUCCCAGCCUCGACGAGCUUCCGUGAUGCUCCCCAGCGGCGCUAUAGAAGGCACUCCGCGGGUCUCUUUCCUGUCGAUGACUCUCUGGACGACGACGAGGCCUCGACGGCAGCGCUCUUUUCGCCCGCCGCACCUCCGCCCCCGGCGGUGCUCAAAGUCAAGCGCGUGGACUACUAUUACAGCACGUGGUCGAAGGUGUGGAAGUACCGCAACACGUCAGCCAAGGUUCGCGCAGACGCGCUCCUGACCGUCGUCGGCAACGGCAACGAGGGCAACGCGGACGACGCCUGGGCCGGCUACUGUUUCGUCGUGGUCCGCAAGAUCCCUCAGCCUACCACGGAUGGACAGCAGGGCGAGCCGACCUUCCAGGUCGUGGUGAAGAGCCCGUAUCUGCUCGCGGCAUGCAAGGAGGUCAUGGGCAAGAUUCAGGGUGUGUCGUGGACGGCCGAGCCACUCGAGCUCGACCCGUUGCUCCUGCUCGCCUUCCUUCCCCGCUUCGAGGCUUACCGCGACGACCUCACGCGCAAGACCUCACGCACCCUCCAGGAUGACAACAUCCUGAAGACCGUCAACGCGCUGCUGGAGUACCUCCACAAGGACUACGCCGCUACACUCUCCAAGCUCACGAACCUGAUGGAGCAUGGCGAGAUCACCUUCGACACCCUCUUCGCCAUCUUUGUCCCGCGCUCCAUCCUCGUCGCCGACUGCCCCAUCACCGGCGAGCCGCGCGCAUUCGAGCUCGUCUCCGCCCAGAAGCUCACCGCGGUUUCAGGCGGGGUGUACGACCUCAUCUGCGAGAGCGUCGACGCGUCCCACGACGAGGACCCCGCGGCCGCUGCAGACGAGGACGGCGCGCCGGCCGGACACCGCGCCGCGUUCAACCCCGCGCUGAGCUCCAACCUUGCCAACGUCAUGUCGCUUCCCCCCAUGAUGCACCCGCCGCCGCCAGGGAACGACUGGGGGCUGCAGCGCGCGAGCGGGAAGACGUUCGGGCGCGUGCAGAGCCGCGUCUUCGUCCCAUUCUUCAAGGGCACGGUGAAGGUGAACUCGCUCGACGUGUACCCGAUCGGGUACCACGCGAACGCGGGCGCGCUCGAGACGGCGCUCGUCGCGCGCGGGCGCAAGUGGCUCGCGCUGCGGGGCGUGCACCACAUGCACUACGUGGGCCCCGCGACGUACACGCUGUCGACGGGGAUGGGGAAGAAGAGCAUCAAGUACAACGUGAAGUCGAGAGUCAUGAUCGACAAAGCGAACUUUAGACGUCUAAACCCCAGUUACGAGAUGCCAGCCGUCAAGAUGGAGGCCACUCCAAAUAACCCUCCGCCAGGGAACGUGCCAGGGAGCUGGGGGAGAUACAGCCCGCCACCUGUUCAGUACAACCCCAAUGCCUGUGUGCCCACGUUCCAGGCUCGCGCGAAAAUGCCGCGCGAGAAGGACGAGCUGACGGACGAUGAGCUCAUGCUCGCCCCUUCCAUCGUCUACGGUUUCAGCCUUGCCGACAAGGCAUGGCUCGAGUUCAACAUCGAGCGCGUGCAGCCCGUCACCUGGAACGACGAAGCGUUCGAGAACCUCGUCAUCCCGGCAGACCGCAAGGCGCUGCUCCAGUCCCUCGUCGACGCCCACAGCGUGAACACGGGCUUUGACGACUUCAUCGAAGGCAAGGGCCGCGGCCUCGUGUUCAACCUCUUCGGCCCUCCUGGAGUGGGCAAGACACUCUCGGCGGAGGCGACGUCCGAGCACGUCCGCCGGCCGCUGUACGUCGUCGGCGGGGGCGACCUCGGCACGUCCGCGGCGACGCUCGACGCGGCGCUCAACACCGUCUUCGACCUCGCGACGGCGUGGCACGCGCUCGUGCUGAUUGACGAGGCGGACGUCUUCCUCGAGGAGCGCUCGCUGCACGACCUCGAGCGGAACGCGAUGGUCGCCGUCUUCCUCCGCCACGUGGAGUACUACCGCGGGAUCCUCUUCCUCACCACGAACCGCGUCCGGGCGUUCGACGAGGCGUUCCUCUCCCGCAUACACGUCGCCCUCCACUUCCGCGAGCUCGACCGCGACGCGCGCCGCCAGGUCUGGGCCGCGUUCCUCCGGCGGGCGGGGCCCGGUGCGGCGGCGGUGGCGGGGAGUGCGGAGGCGCUGGACGCGCUCGCGGCGCGCGCGCUGAACGGUCGGCAGAUCAAGAACGCGGUGCGCACCGCGAGCUCGCUCGCGGGCAGCCGGGGGGUGCCGCUCCGUCUCGAGCACCUCGCGGGCACGCUCGACACGAUGGAUGAGUUCUCGGCUGAGUUCGCGGGCCCAGGGCGGAAGUGA